AUGGAAACCAUAUACCGAUUCUCACUUCGUCUCGCCCCGAUAUCUUUCGCCGAAAAAUGCCUCCAACCCAGAUCAAUCACCCCGAUAUUUCGGAAAACCCGAAUACACUUUUCGAACCCCGGACCUCUAAACCCGGAACCGGCCUUUAACACACAUUUCCCGACCCGGAAAAGCUACAGCUCAGGCUCUUCUCCAGUUGCCAAAGCGGGUUGGCUUCUGGGUCUGGGAGAGAAGAAGAAAAGCACGAGCUUGCCCGAUAUAGUGAAAGCGGGUGACCCGGUUUUGCACGAACCGGCCCGAGAUGUUGAGCCAGGGGAUAUUGGGUCGGAGAGGAUCCAGAAGAUAAUUGAUGAUAUGGUGAAGGUGAUGAGGAAGGCUCCUGGGGUCGGUCUUGCUGCUCCGCAAAUUGGAAUUCCCUUGAGGAUAAUAGUUUUGGAAGAUACAAAGGAAUAUAUUAGUUAUGCACGCAAGGAAGAGACUGCCGCUCAAGAUAGACGGCCUUUUGAUCUUUUGGUGAUUCUUAACCCAAAGCUUCAAAAGAAGAGCAACAGGACUGCAGUAUUCUUUGAAGGGUGCUUAAGUGUUGAUGGAUUCAGAGCAGUGGUGGAGCGAAACCUUGAUGUUGAGGUUUCAGGUUUUGAUCGAAAUGGCCAGCCUAUCAAAAUAAGUGCUUCAGGUUGGCAGGCUCGGAUUUUGCAGCAUGAGUGUGAUCAUUUGGAGGGAACUCUUUAUGUGGAUAAGAUGGUCCCUAGAACGUUUAGAACUGUUGAAAACUUGGAUUUACCUCUUGCUGAGGGGUGCCCCAAGCUUGGAGGUCGCUAG